AUGUCUCGAACUCGCCAACCGGCGACUCUAUCCUCUCAGUCUACAACUGAAACUUCUCGAGAUUCAUCCACCCUUCGGCUCACGGGCACCCUCCGACUGAGGGCCGAGGAUACCCCCGACACCACCACCGCUGAAUCGUCCCCAGGCCGUCGCAUUCGAUGGAGCGAAGACGUAGUCGACAAUGAGGGCAUGGGCAAGAAAAGCUCAAAGGUCUGCUGUAUCUACCACAAGGCACGACCCGUAGGCGAAAGCAGUUCUGAAUCCGAGUCCUCCUCCAGCUCCUCAGACUCGGAUAGUGAAAGCGAGACCGAUCACCGGAAUCACAUGGCCCAUCACGCCCACCCACGAGGGCGCAGGCCGUUGGGCGAGAAUCAGGCCGACCAGCCUCCCGAUGCAGACUCGACAGCAUGCUGUUCUGACCACCAUCACCAGAAGAUCAAGCGCAGGAGGAGGAAGCCCAGUCCGAAUGCGUAUGAGAAGAUGCCCAAGCCUUCGAAGAACAGUCAGCCCCGGGGUACCUGA